AUGACAGCGAUCAGAAUGGUUUCAUCAGUGCUGCUGCUGGUGCUGAUGCAGUCCGGAGCUCUUUGCGCACGGAGGUUCCGGGGUGGCCGCAACCCACAACCACGACGCUCACCACCUCCUCCCACAUACCGGGCGGACCGGGGUGACACCACCGAGAGCUUCCCUCUGGAUUUCACCGCCGUGGAGGAGAACAUGGAUAACUUCAUGACACAAGUGAAGAACCUUGCGCAAUCUCUGUACCCGUGCUCGGCGCAGAAACUCGACUAUGACAUGAAGCUGAACUUUUUGGAGAAUACAUCAGUCACCUGCAACGACGGUAGUCCUGCUGGGUACUACCUGAAAGAAUCUCGAGGCAGCAGACGAUGGCUGAUAUUCUUAGAGGGUGGCUGGUAUUGCUUCAACAAAGAGAAUUGUGAUAGUCGAUAUGAGACCAUGAGGAGACUGAUGAGCUCAUCAAAGUGGCCCCAGACUAAAACAGGCACGGGGAUCCUGUCUUCGCUGCCGGAGGAGAAUCCUCACUGGUGGAAUGCCAACAUGGUGUUCAUCCCGUACUGCUCCAGCGAUGUGUGGAGUGGCGCCACAGCCAAAACAGAGCAGAGUGGCUAUGCCUUCAUGGGUUCACUGAUAAUUCAGGAAGUUGUGAAGGACCUGCUGAACAAAGGUCUGGACAAUGCCAAGGUUCUCCUGCUAGCAGGAAGCAGUGCUGGUGGCACCGGGGUCUUGCUGAAUGUAGACAAUGUAGCAGAGCUGUUGGAGGGACUGGGGCACACCGGGAUACAAGUGCGAGGCCUGUCUGAUUCUGGCUGGUUCCUGGACAACAAGCAGUACCAUUGCACUGACUGCGUGGACACUGUCAGCUGUGCCCCCACUGAGACCAUUAAGAGAGGCAUCAAGUACUGGGGAGGAGUGGUACCAGAGAAGUGCAGGCAAGCCCAUGAAGGAGAGGAGUGGAACUGUUUCUUUGGAUACAGAGUCUUCCCAUCAAUAAAAAGCCCUGUGUUUGUGGUCCAGUGGCUUUUUGAUGAGGCCCAGCUGACAGUGGACAACAUCCAGCUUACAGGACAGCCUGUGCAGGAGGGCCAGUGGCGCUACAUCCAAAACCUUGGCAUAGAGCUAAGGAACACACUAAAAGACGUCCCGGCUAUGUUUGCUCCAGCAUGCUUAUCACAUGAAGUUAUCACCAGAAAUUACUGGAUUGAUGUGCAGGUUAAAGGUACUUCCUUGCCCCGAGCACUGCACUGCUGGGACCGCAGCCUCCAAGACAACAGGAACAACAAGGCCCCACCCAAGGGCUGUCCGGUGCAUUUGAUUGACAGCUGCCCGUGGCCACAUUGCAACCCCACCUGCCCCACCAUCCGAGACCAGUUCACAGGACAAGAGAUGAACGUCAUUCAGUUCCUCAUGCACAUGGGCUUUGAUGUGCAGAAGAUGGCUCAGCAGCAGGGCAUGGACCCCAGCAAGCUACUGGGCAUGCUUAGCAGUGGCAGCUAA